GCAUUAUUUAAGAUCAACCUCAACACAAAAACAAAUCAAAUGUGAAAUCUUAUCAAAUUAAAGGAAAAAAUUACACAAAUAAGCUGGACAAUUUCAAACACAUCAAAACAGCCACGAGCAUCGAGGAAAUUGGCGCGAUGGAACCAUCAGCUUGCGAAGAUUUGAAGGCAUUCGAACGGCGCCUUACCGAGGUGGUUUCAUCGUACAGGCCAUCCACGUUCCGCUGGCGUAUUAUACUAUCUGCAUUGUCGGUAUGCACGGCUAUCAGUGCCUGGUACUGGCUGAGAGACCCACGUACGACCGUUGUACCGCUGACGGAAUCGCUCUGGAUACACCCCAUCUUUACUGUGGCCACAGUCACAUUGAUAGUGCUCUUCAUUUUGGGCAUACAGAAGCUAGUUGUGGCGCCGUCGAUAAUCACGUCGCGCACACGAACGGUGCUCACAGAUUUUGCCCUCGACUUGGAGCCACACACUGGAAAGUUAAUAUUAAAGCCUCGUCAAUGUAAUAACAACGGCAACACAUGAAGCUGUAUACGGAUAUUAAUUUCAUUUUGCCUUGCCCCACUAAUCCAAUGACUAUGAUGCAUACUUCCAAGAUGAUAGCUUUUUCGCAUCCAAAAACUUAGUUUAAUUCAUACAUCAAAUUUAAUUAUUUAAGUACGCUUCAUUUGGUUAAAUUAUAAAAAAAAGCUCCAUUGUACAUAUACUUGUUCGAGCUCUUAUUUAUUUCUGCAAUCGACCAAAACAAAAUUUAAUAUAUAUCAUUUCUGGAUCAUGGAACGCCUUGAAGAAUCAAACAACUGACAAAUUGCAGCUCAACAUAAUGGCGAAAUUAGCCAAAAUUAAUACGACAAGUAUGUAGGCCUUAGCUGACAGAUUUAUUGAUUAUUGCUCGCUGGAAUCGUUCAUUGUCUUCUGAACUUUAACAAGCGAAAAUUGGGAAAAUUAUGAAAAAGAUUGGUGUCGUUUAAUGAUUCGCCUCUUAAUAAUGGGGUCUGCCAGAGCCCUUGCGACCGUGAUGGGCAGUUUUGAGCCCGACCAAGCUCUUAGCUCUUGUGGACACCGAAAUACUUGCAGGGAUUGGUGUAAUGCCACCAUGACACGGUCAGCGUGCAGCCGACAGCAGUAGUCGCGUAGGGUCAACAGUGUUACCCAAAGGAGAGCAUAUCAGGCGUGUAUAGAGUACACAGCUUCGGGUCUAGCAGUCUUUACUGCAGAAAUUUUUACCUUGAUGACUAUGCUGAAAGUGCUUGAAAGAAAACCAGGAGCUGAGGAUGUUAAGGUAUGGCGCUGGGAGAUGAGACUUCAGCUUGAAGAGAAGGUCCUUGUUCCGGACCCUAUAGAAUGCCUGCUUGAAUUCCAUGGAACGCCCCAACACAGUAUUCUUUAUGCGCAACCGCCUGGAAAAUGUACUUUACAGCACGGUCGACCGCUCGAUGCAGGGCCGUGAGACUUUCGAGAACCAAUCAUGUGAUACAUAAAAGCCAAUUGCACAUUAGAUCCGGAGAAUUUAUUAACUUUGCGAAUUAUUUACCUAAUUAAAUUUACACUUGUUCAGUUAAUGAAAAAAUCCCAGUUACUUCUGUGAGUUCGUAAUCCCAGGUGUUUCGAUAAUCCAAAACCAAGUAUAAAUACAGACCCCUGGGUACUGUAAAGUUACAUAAGCCUCUCAGCCAUCACCCAAACCUAAUGAUGAAGAUUUUCUUUCUGGUCGUUAUCCUCCUGGGUGUUGUUUUCAGCAUGUCAGCAGCUGCAAACGAGUUCCGUGGGUUUUUAUUGUCAACCGAUAACCCAAAAGGAGAAAGGAUCGUGCGCAGCGUAGCCGUUGAAGAUGUCGCACAAGAGCAAGAAAAGGAUGAGCCGAAAGGUUGUUGCGGCUAAACAGCACAUCAUUGGCAUGGUGAUGCAGGUGUUGCAGGAUACACAACAUGCCACGUAUUAACAAUAAAAAAGCAAUAUUUUAAAAAUCCAUAUGAAUGUACUUUUAAUGUUUUAAUAUACAGGAGGCUUGGAGCUUGAUUUUAUGAA